AUGCGAACAAUCGAUAUUAUUGGAGUUAUGUCAGAUAGAAUCUUGGCGAAAGUUAAACUUGUAAAUAAAAUCCCGAAUACUCAAAAUUACUGGGGAGUUUUUAAGUUCAAAAACCAAUGCGAAAGUAAUUUUCUUGACGAACUUUCCAUGGGCUCCCCUGAAUUGCCAAUAAUCGAAAUAAUCGACAAAACUGGGAAUUUGUACCAAGUUGAGUUUACCAUGCCAUUCGCCAGUCCAUUCAAUAGUUCUGUGACAAGAUAUGUUCUCCAGCAGCAAACGAAAUAUGUACCGGAUAUGCCGAAUAUAAGAAAACGAGCUAUUGCCUUAUCUCUUGAUUUCGCGAAAAUCGUUGUUGUUGGCGGUCUGGAAAAUUCUAGCUAUGAUAGAAAAUCAAAUGUUUGGAUAAUGGAAAACGAUGUUUGGACUGGUCAAGCAGAUAUGCUGAAUGUACGAUCAUUUCCAACGCUGCAGAAGCUUGAUUCGGAUACUUUUCUUGUCAUUGGCGGUUUUUCAGGAAGCAUGCCCAUCGAAAGAGUUGAUAUUUCUACGGGAAAUCCUGUUUCCGAGGCGAUGUCGGCCGAAGGAGCUUUUCAAUCACGACCUAUUUAUCUACCUAACUGUCCUGCAUUGCCCUACGAAAUAACUGUUCUCGGAUAG